AUGCCAGCACCCACCAACACCCUCCUCAUUGAGGGGUCAUUCACGGAGCUGUGCGAAGAGCUCGCUCAAUACCUCGAUGUGCUCAGAAACAACACCGAGGGAGGCGCCAGCGUCAGUGCAGAAAUUGCCUCUCAGCUCGAAACGCUGCGUCAACAGGAACAACAGACCGACGAGAAGGCGGAUUUGACUCUGCGCGAUGAAGUCUUGAAGAAGAUUGUUGCUGCUGGUGCUAUCUUGAAUAGUGCUCCUGAGAAAGAGUUCAUCCCUGCUUAUAAUCUCCUCGUUCACUUGAUUCGCCAGUCCUCGGACCCGGAUAUUUUCCUGUCGCGUAUUUGCAUCUACCUGUCCAAACCCGUCACAUCCUCGCCACAAUUUGGACCUACACUCGCACUGUCCAUCCUGACGACGAUCUUCAACACUCUUGCCCCCUCAGACGCCAGUCGAUACCAUAUUUUCCUUGCCAUCGUCGCCGUCAUCCGUCAGUCAGGCUCUACAAACGCCUACGAGGCCCUCAAAGCUCAGUUGACCUCUCAGCUUCCGACAUGGCUCGCCGCGUGGGAGUUGGAUGAGGAGGAUACUCAAAAGCUACACCUGGCCAUCGCCGACGCAGCCGAUGCCGCGGGCGACAGUGAACUUGCGCAUUCCCACGUCGUCGAGGCCCUGCACUCCAUCGAAGCCAGCGAAGCCGCCAGCAAGGAAUCCCGCGAACUGGCCGUUCGCGCCCUCACAUCGGCCUUGACACACCCGGCCAUCUUCGACUUCACAUCUCUAUCCGCUUCGGAUGCCGUGCAGGCACUCCGGUCCAGCGACACGUCGCUCUUCGAGCUCCUCGAGAUUUUCACCGCCGACACCCUCGAUACGUACGACGACUUUGUCUCCUCGACACCUCUGGCUUCCAUUUCCGGCGGCGUGCUGGCCGAGUCUGGUGACGCGCUACAGACCAAGAUGCGCCUGUUAACGCUGGCCUCGCUUGCGUCGUCCACACCCUCUCGCUCCCUGCCUUAUGCCACGAUAGCCUCUGCGCUUGGCGUCGCCGACACCGAGGUUGAGAAGUGGGUGAUUGACACUAUCCGCGCGGGACUUGUGGAGGGCAAAUUAUCGCAGCUGCGCUCCGAGUUUUUGGUCCACCGUGCUACAUACCGGGUGUUUGGCGAGAAGCAAUGGGCCGAAGUGCAAGGUCGCUUGUUCGUCUGGCGUCGUAGCCUGGAGGGAGUUUUGAGUGUGAUUCGCGCCGAACGCGAGCGAUAUGCCCGCGAACUCCAGCAGCAACAAGCCGCAGCCCUGGCGGCUGAGGAAGGAAAAGGAGGCGAUAAUAAAAAGGCCGGUGGAGAUCGGAGACGAGCUCCUCAUCAUCAACAGAGUCAACCACAACCUGUUGAUCUAUUAGGCGAGGGUGAUUAA